CACCACAUAGAAAAUAAUGUUGGACUAGUAGAGUAAAUAACCCUUAGUCAGGGACUUGUUCUUCCCUCAUUCCUUCCAUCACAAAACUUCCCACCUCUUCCUCUUCUUCCCCAUGGCCACUUGAUGCUUCACAGUCCUUCUGCCCUUCCGAACCCUUGACCUUUGAGUACUUGUCCAUAAAAAAGCUGGCAUUUUUGGUUCAAGUGCUAAGAUCACGUUGUUUUGGGGGCAGACAUGGUUUGCUUCUGAUCUUCGAGGGCUGAAGGUGAGAAGGAAAUUUCUCUGAAAUAUUUGCUGGAACAUUGCAACGUAGUUUAUUUCCUUAGAGAUGGAAUGCAACAAGGAAGAUGCAAUGAAAGCCAUGGAUCUGGCAGAGAAAAAGAUGGAAAAAAAGGAUUUCCAAGGUGCAAAGAAGAUGGCGGUUAAGGCUCAGCAGUUGUAUCCUGACCUUCUUAACAUUUCUCAGAUGAUCUUGGUUUGUGAAGUGCAUUGUGCUUCUCAGAGUAAGCGCUAUGGGAAUGAAAUUGAUUGGUAUGGUGUACUCCAAAUUGAGCCAACAGCUGAUGACGCUGUAAUCAAGAAGCAAUACCGUAAGCUGGCUCUCUCGCUUCAUCCUGACAAGAACAAGUUUGCAGGUGCCACAGAUGCUUUCAAAAUGAUUGGUGAAGCUCAGAAGGUGCUACUGGAUGGACAAAAGCGAUUGCUUUAUGACAGCAAACGUAAAGCUGCAGGAAGAUUUCAAGCUUCGCAUCAUCAUGGUGGCAGACAGACAAAUGCCAGAGGACAUCCCUGGUUUCAGAGUGCAAAUGUGGGCAGUGCUGCAUUUCAGGCUGUGAAUCCACAGGCCCAGCAACCACAACAGCAGACGCAACCAGGAGGUGUAAAUGGUAACCUCUCCACAUUCUGGACUGUCUGCCCAUUUUGCUCUGUUAAGUAUCAGUAUUAUCGCAAUGUGAUCCAAAGAAAUUUACGCUGUCAAAACUGCCAGAAAGACUUCACCGCUUACGAAUUGAACCCGCCUAGUGAGAAGCCUCCUACCAGUUCAUAUCAGCCUGUAUUUCCCGAAUUUACUGGUGCAGUGAAGAAGGGCAACUCUUCCAAACCUGUACGUGAGAAAAAGAUGAGUACUAAGACCAAGGAUACAAAUUCAUCAGUUAAAAGGUCCAUGCCCGAGGCUGUUGAAGAAAGUACUAGAGGCAGGGGUCCUAAAAGGAGCAAUAGGAAGAGGAAGAAGUCAAAAGAAUCUAGUGAAAGUAGCAGCACUGAUUCCAGCUCUGAUUCUGAUGAGGACCUGGACAUCAACGAACAUGGUAAUUUUGGAGUUAGCAGUGAUCAAAACCUCCGACGAUCUGCUCGUUCUAAGCAGCGGGUUUCUUAUGAUGAAAUUCCCAGUGACGAUGAUGCCUCCAAAAGGUCCAAAAAUGAUGAAUCUUUUUCUGCUGGAGUCGACGAGGGUAUGCAGAAUACUGGUAACAAGGGAGCUGGAGUUACAUCUGGCUCAGAGAAGAAAAAGAAUGAGACGGCGCGUGAGAAAGUGUCUUCUCCUGAUGAGAUUUCCAGAAAUGGAGAUAAAAGAUCUAAGAAGACAUCUGAGGACAUGGUUGUGUCUGAGAGUGAAGAGGAAAUUUCUGAGGUAAAAGAUUUUGAGUAUCCUGACCCAGAUUUUAGCGACUUUGAGAAAGGUAGAAAAGAGGAUUGUUUUGCCGUCGGACAACUCUGGGCUGUUUAUGAUACCUUGGGUGCUAUGCCUAGGUUCUAUGCUAUAAUCAGAAAAGUCAUAUCCCGUUCUUUUAAACUACGAAUCACAUGGUUUGAGCCACAACCUGAUGACAAGGAGCAGAAAUUGUGGGUCGGUGAAGGGUUGCCAGCAUCCUGUGGAAAGUUUAUUCUUGGAGAUUCUGAAGAAACUGAUCAGCUUGCGAUGUUCUCCCAUCUGGUCUUGGAAAAGAUCAACAUAAGUAGAACCUAUGAGAUGUUUCCAAAAAGAGGGGAAACAUGGGCUCUAUUUAAGGGAUGGAAUGUAAAUUGGCAUUCUGACCCAGAGAAAAAGAAUCCUGAUUAUGGGUAUGAGUUUGAGUUUGUCGAAGUUUUAUCAGAGUAUGAUAAGGAAAGUGGUUUGACUGUUGCAUACUUGGGAAAGUUGAAAGGGUUUGCAUGUCUGUUUUGUCGGAUAACGAAGGACGGUAUUGGCUCCUUCCUGAUUCCGGCAAAGGACUUAUACAGGUUCUCACACAAGGUUCCUUCUUUUCAGAUGACUGGGGAAGAACGAGUAGAUGUUCCCCAAGGUUCUUUUGAGCUCGACCCUGCUGCCUUGCCUCGCAACAUUGAAGAAAUUGAUGUUCUCACCGCUUUUUCUAUGGAUCCAGGGCAGACGAAUGCUAAUGGUGCUGAGAAAUGUACGGAUAACUCCAGCAACCAUGCACCUUCAGUACAAUCUGAAAGACGAACCAUGAGACCGACAACUUCGGAAGAACCUUCCUCAGGCAGAAAUGUUCAUGUGGCUGAUGUACAACAAAAGAAAGACUCUGAAGGGUCCUCAUCAUUAGGGAAAGCAACACAAAGGGACUUUCCUAAUGCUUGUGGUAAUGGCUCCGAGAGUUUUAUGAAGGAAACCAUGGACGCAACAACCCCGCUUUCUGAAGCUUAUGAAAUUCCCAAACCAGAAUUUUACAACUUUGAUACUGAGAAGUCAAUGGAAAAGUUCCAAGUUGGCCAGGUAUGGGCAGUGUAUGGUGAUGAAGAUGCCUUACCGAAGUCCUACGGUAUAAUUACGAAGAUUGACUCUUCUCCAAACUUUGCUUUAUAUUUGACCUGGCUUAUGAGCAUUCCAUCAGCGAAACAUGUAACUCGUUGGAUUGACAAACAAAUGCCUGUUUGUUGCGGGGACUUCGUGGCUAAAAAUGGAAAUCCAACAAUGUUUGCUGACCUAGAACAGUUCUCUCAUCAGCUUCGAGUUCGCAAAAAUUCUGCGAAGCAAGUUUAUGGCAUAUACCCGGAGAAAGGCGAUGUUUGGGCAUUAUACAAGAAUUGGCAUGCUGGCAUGACUUGUUCAGACUUGGACAACUGUGAGUAUGAACUCGUUGAAAUCCUGGACAAGAAUGAUGCGGAAAUAACUGUUUUAGCGCUAGAGCUAGUUAAUGGUUACAAGACAGUAUUCAAGCCCGAGGGGCAGUCAACUGGGAGGAGGAGGAUACCAUUUGCUGAGCUUUUCAGAUUCUCUCACCAAAUUCCUGCGUUUCGCCUUACCAACGAGAAGAAUGGCAGCCUGAAGGGUUUCUGGGAGCUUGAUACUGCUGCAGUUCCAGUUCACUUUUUUAGACCAAACUGAUGAUAACGAAGGACGAUCAACGACGGGUUUUUGUAUUGCCCUAAGUUUCUUCUUGUAUUUAUGUAGCUUUCUUUUGUAGAUGGGCUGGUUUUAACGGUAGAUGGGUUAUUCAAGUCGCCAAAUAUACAUGAACAGGAUGUCAGUAUGGUAGUCAGGAGAUUGUACUUGUGUUCUGGAGUUUAAUCAUUAGAAUCUGCCUAUCCAGAAUCCUGGAUACUUUUGAGACUAUAUUGCCUGGUUUUGUGGUUGCAUUUUUUUGUUUUUUUUCUCUUUUGCAUUAGAUUUUGUUUCUCAGUUGGCAUUUGGCACGGUAGUAACAUUUGCCUCUUUGGAUAAGACACCUCUCCUGUCUCAGCUAGCAAUCGAGAGAUCAUGUUGUUGAUGAAUA